UGGCCGUGGUUCGCGCUUUCAAAACACUGGAGUUGUCUUUCCCAUUCCUCCAUCCCGCCAUCCUCUCAUUGUUCCCCAGCAACGCCUUUUAGCCAGAGCACCUUUUUUAUACAUGCUCUAGCUUGCCCCCCAACCCCCGUCCGCCCGCGCCCUCGACGACGCUCGGCCGUUGUUGUUGUUUUUUAAUCGCAGGAUCGCCGCGCAAAAGCCACUGUACCCUCGACAACUCCCCCGCUGCUAGGUACCAUGGAUGCCAAGCCUCAACGUCCACUGCGCGCGCUGCGUGUCCGCGAUGAGAACGCUCCACCUGCUGUCCAGGCCAAAACCAUUCACCAGCGUAACAAGUCCACUCCCGCCCUCUCCUCGCUCAUGCAGAACGGCGCCCUCAAGGCCGCUGCCAAGCGCACUGCUUUCGCCGAUGUCAGCAACACUUCGCGCGUCCAACAUCCGGUGAAGGACGAUCUUGCCGUUAGUGGAAAAGGCAUGAAGAAAGAUGCCACGCUUGAGAUCUCAAAGUCUUCCACCAUCCUCCGCCCGGCCCAACGUCCCAACUCCACCGCCUCCCAAAAGAUCCCUCACCAAACCGACAACUCGAAAGAAAACGUCCCUGAGCCCGUCGCGCAACCCGUCCAGGCCAAGAAGAUCACUGCUAAGCGCAGCACUGCCAUUUUCCGAGAGCCUGCGCCCGUCGAGGUCAAGCCAUCCAAGGAACCCCUCGCCCCUGUCCAGAAGCCCCACUCUACACGUCGCGAAAGAAGCAACACCGCUCCUGAGCUUUCUCCCCCGGCUGAACGCAUGACUCAGGUGGAAACAAUCGCCGAGGAGACGAUCGAAGAACAUGCGCCUUCUGUGCCUCGUGAGGAGUCUACUACUAGUCUUCAGACUGCCGUCGUUGCCGAGGAAAAUUAUGGUCACCCUGUUACGCAAGCUGCUGACCCUCUGUCUCGCAAAGAACCUAAGCACGCCACUGGCCAUGAACAGGUUGAACUUCCGGAACAAAAGACACAAGAUGUUGAACGCCACCAGGUGGAACUUCUGUCAGCGAAAGAUCUCCUUGCUGUGGCCGAAUUGGACAAGUACGAGGAUUACUACGACGAAGAGGACGAAGACUACUACGACGCGGAUGGAUACACUGGCUACACUACGACUAGGUCUUUGCGGCCUAGAGCAGACACCACGACUGGUGGUGUCACCGUGGUCCUUGCUCCUAGAGUCACGGCACGUACUAGAGCGGAGCUUGAAGCUGCUAGGCAGUGGGUUGAGGACAACAAGACGGCCGAGGAUAUCGAGGAUGAGGUCUGGGAUACGUCAAUGGUUGCGGAGUACGGUGACGAAAUCUUUGAGUACAUGAGAGCGCUUGAGGAAAGGAUGAAGCCCAACCCCUUCUAUAUGGACAACCAGGCCGAAAUCCAGUGGUCCAUGCGCUCUGUUCUCAUGGACUGGCUUGUCCAGGUUCAUCACCGUUUCACUCUUCUACCGGAGACUCUCUUCCUCGCGGUUAACUACGUGGAUCGUUUCUUGUCCUGCAAAGUCGUAUCUCUCGGUAAGCUUCAGCUCGUUGGUGCCACUGCUAUCUUUGUCGCCGCGAAGUACGAGGAAAUCAAUUGCCCUUCGGUCUCGGAGAUCGUUUACAUGGUUGACGGCGGAUACACCGUGGAUGAAAUCCUCAAGGCGGAGCGUUUCAUGCUGAGCAUGCUCCAAUUCGAACUUGGCUGGCCGGGUCCGAUGAGCUUCCUUCGGAGGAUUAGCAAGGCUGACGACUACGACUUGGAGACACGUACUCUGGCCAAGUAUUUCCUGGAAAUUACGAUUAUGGAUGAGCGCUUCGUCGGAUGCACCCCGAGCUUCACUGCUGCGGGAGCACACUGUCUGGCUCGUUUCAUGCUGAAGAAGGGCGACUGGAGCCCUGCCCACGUGCAUUACUCCGGUUACACCUAUUCUCAGCUUCGUCCCCUCGUCUCAGUUAUUCUGGAGUGCAGUGAACAGCCUCAGAAGCAUCAUGCUGCCGUCUACGACAAGUACUCCGACAAGCGAUACAAGCGUGCCUCGCUCUUUGUCGAAACGGAGCUCCACAAGGGCUUCCAACUGCCGUCGAUUUCUCGCGAUUGUGCCAGCUCGAUCGGCUACAGUUCCACCUGGCGUCGCAUGUGAGUCUUGCCACGCUAGCAAGCGCGUCCCAGGAUGGGCAUGAGGCUUGCUUUGGACUUUCUUUUUGCCCCUUUUGGAAUUUGAUUUGCUUUUCUUGAACAUGCGACUUGCCCUUUCAAGAGACCCCUUGCUUCACAGAUUCCCCCACCCUCUGUCUCCUUCUUUUCCACGCGUAAUGCGUUGUACAGUGGGCGAUAUUGGGUUCACGAUGCCACGACGAAACGAACCCAUAAUUCCCCUUUUUCCGACUUUAUGCAGCAACUCCAGUGCUUCUCAACACAAGUUUUUUCUGUAGCUUUAUGGGCGGUAGAGACUGCGGACUCCUGAAGUAUUGGCGUUAAUGGGACAUUCACCGAUAGGUUUGUGUCAUGGUCAGGCUUUAUACCGGAUAGGCGCCGCAAAUAGUGGUAGAUUCACCCAGCAGUUCUCAAACAGAUUUAUCCAAGCUG